CACUUUGACACUGGCUGUCACGCACGUCACUGUCGAAUCGGUUAUCUGUCACCAAACAAAAGUCAAAAUUACCUUUGAAAAUUACUUUUAAACAACACGUUUUGCAACAAAAUUUCGAGAAAUUGUUACAAGUUGAAAGACAAGACUAAAGUAAAUAUUGUUUCCUUUUCUAUAUAAAAAAUACACAAUGAAAACUGGUUUUCUUUACGGAAUAGUUGCUUGUUCUAAAACGCGAGUUCGUUGCGUUUUAUGCGGAGUCCACAUACCAAAGGCCAACAAAUGCAUCGAGCAACAUACGAACGGAGCGAAACAUAAAGAAAAUGUGGAGCUCAUGACAGAAAAUGGGAUUACCUUCAAGGACAAUAAACUUUAUUGUAAACCGUGUAUGUUAGAAUUAUCCUUGGAAGAUUCCGUGAUAGGACAUACUGAAGCUGAAAGCCAUUUAAACUGGAUGGCUGCUAUGGAAGAUCUUAUAGAUGGUGAGUACAUCUCAAUUGAACCUUUCUUAGCCUCUGAAAAAGAUGAUGCUUUAUGUGAAGUAUGUCAUUCUACAUUUCAAUGUACUUUGCAAAAUAUUGAGUCACAUGUGAACAGUAUAAAUCACAGAACAAGCAUAUCAGAGUAUCUGAAGCCGUUAAAUGGUAUAUUUCCUGUUGAAAAUGAUGAUGAACUCUGGUGCAAAAUUUGCAAUACCUUUAUUGAGAAUACAGCCACUGGUAUACUGGAGCACAUUGAUAAUGAUGAACAACACAUGUAUUGGUUCACCACCAUUGAGGAUUUAAUAGAAGAGCAAGAUAUUACUAUCAAAAGUUUCCUGGCAAAUGAAUUUGACAACAAUGCAUAUUGUAAUAAGUGUCAUUUGGAAAUCAACUGCAACGCAAGAAGUCUAGAAGAUCAUAUAAACAGUGACAUCCAUCUAAGCCAUUUCAGUUAAAUAGUUUGUAUUUUAGCUUUAUGUAAUUAUUUUUUCAGUUAUAUAUCAAUAGCUCUUUGCACUGUGUUGCAAAUUAACUCUACAUAUAUACCAUUAUAUGUAAAAAAAGGAUAAUUGUGAUUUCUGAAAUAAAAUAACAAUUAGUAUUUACUGUAAUGUUAAAAUUAUAUUUAUGAGAAUAUAAAUAUUCAAUAUGUAAUUUGUUUAGGUAUAUAUAUCUCUGAUAAUAUCAAAAUACUUUUUUAUAAUGAUUGCUUGACUGUUGUAAUAUUGCCAGCACAAAAUUUAUAUAAUUAUAAUAGUGAAUUAUCUUUAUUCAAUGUUAGCCAUUUAACUUUGCAAAUAUCUGUUAAAAUAUGUCACCAAAAGAAUUGAAUGCCUAAAUAUUAGCUUAACUGACAUGAGAAAUAAGAUUCAUAAUUUGUAAUGUUUUGCUUAGCAAAGUAUGUUAUUCUUGGAUAUUUUUCUCCCACUCUCUUAUUAGAAAAGAAUCUUAGUAUCCAACUUGUUUAAAAAAUAGUAUCUUAAAACUAAAUGAAAGACAUUGUAUUUGUUAAUGAAUUGUAAUUAUAAGUCUCAUAAUUAAAAAAAAUCAAUAAUUAUUGCUAAUAUUUAUAAAACUGUAUUACACUUUGUAUUGUAGUAGAAGUAACCAAAACAUUUUAACUAUUCUUUAUUUAGAGUGACCUGUUUUCAACAUUUUUACUAGUUUUGGAACUAAAACUAGUUGAAGUAUAUUCUUUCACUAUAAUUUUGUGAUAUUGUUACCAAUUAAUUUAUUUUUGUUUCGUAAAUAAAUAUCUAUAAUCACCAUUUUUUUUUUAAUUUAAAUUGAAAUGGGUCAUCAAUAUACAGUCCAUAGUAAAAUAUGUCAUAUGUUGUGUAACUGAAAAAUAUUAAAUAGUCUGUAAAACUGUUACAAGUUUUGCUCGUACUAAAAAUAAUAUAGUUACGAAUGGUGUUCUUAUUAAUAUAAUUAAAAAGUUCAAACAGGUAAAUUCUGUGCUUAUUUUGAGAAAACAUAUAUUCAUUUAUUAACAAAGUUUUAAUGUUUUAUAGGUUAUAUGAUUCUCUCAAAUUUCUCACUUGAUUAGUUUUGAAUAUGAAUAUUAAACUUUUACACAUUAAGAGUUGAUUUUUUUAGAGCUUUUUGUGCCCCGUGUAGUCUACCCAAAUGAUUAUACCUGGGAUAGUUAUUCGUUAAAUUUCAUGGCCUUUUAAAGU